UAUGUGAUACUGGUGUAUUGACACUGAAUUGUGAGUAAUAACGAUAUGACACAUCAGAUUAUUGAUAUUUGGUACCAGCGCAUCAAUACGAUAUGUCACAGAAAAAUAACUACUUGAGACCAAGAAAAUAACAACACAAAACAUCACACUAUUUGUAUUGACAUUUUUUGCCAUUUUUUUGUGUCAUUGAAUUUAUCUACUGAACUGUUCUUGCAUGUUGUAAAAAAAAAAAAAAAUUCACAGGACCAAACAUGCUGUAAUUGAAGAAUACACUGUCUCCGUGUUGCGUUUUUAUGAUAUUUAUGGAUUGUACAGUAUGUUUCCUACAGUGUUUCGAACGUUCACUGACCGAAUACAGUGAAACAGGUGGACUAUUUGUUGCUUUUAUCGAUUAUAAGCCAUGUCAAAAAAUUGAAAUAAUUUUAAUGAUGCAAUAUAUUUUUCAUAAUAUCAUAAUAUUAAUAGUAAUCUAACAAUAUAUUUAAAAAAUAUGAAAAACUUUCCUCUCUUUCUGAGUUUAUAGUUGGUUAUCCCAUUGUCCAGUAGAGGGCGGUGUCUGUGUUCAACAGCAGUAGUGUAAACAAAGAUCGUCUAUUCAAACAUACUCUUAACUUUGAGCAAAACAGCUUCUUACUGGUAGAAGCGCCGUGACAAACAAGUGAAACGACUCACAAGUAAGAUGUCUUCCAAUAUUUACGACCAUCUCGGUGUGACGACGAAGAGGUCAGCGCUCAAAGACGAUGGCUAAAUUGCUAAUCGGAUAAAACACACAGAGGAGAAAAAACACGAAUAAACUGGACAGCGAAUGAAUGGAGCCAGACGUUCUGACCUAUCAGCACGCAGCAGCUCGCCCUCCAUUGGACGAUGACAUCGGGGAGGCGGGAUCAGACGAGGAAAAGUUCCGGAGUGUCUCUCGCGGCCUCGCUGCUUACGCCGAUCCACCGUUCCACCUCAAGUGCGGUUUUCUUCGGCAGGCGGAACCGCCCGGCGGCCCGCCUUGGCCACUCGCCAACGGGUUCUGCGACACCCCCGGGGACGAGGCGGGAUUCGCCGAUUUCGCCGUGUUUGCCGAGCAGGCGGCCCACCCGUGGUGUUGCGGCUUCGCGGGAGCUACGAUGUCCUCGAACGGUCUGAGGGAAGCACGAGACGUCAUCAUGGACUCCGAACCCACAGCGUCUCUGCGCCGUCUCCAUCUCAGGACUCGGGACGCUCCCCGAAUGUUCCCCACCUCCGGGGAUCAGGACUCCCUCUCGUUCAAGGGUGCGUCUGAGAACUCGGAACCCAAGGUGUCCUCGCUUGCUUCCCAUGAGCAUCACACCGAUGUUGACGGUGAAGAACACAUGGUCAACGACAUGUGUGCCGCAUCUCAGGGAACGUGUCCUACCUCUAAGCCGUCCUCGCAAUUCCUCGUCGACGACUCCGGCGGUCCGCGGGGUCUCCCCCCGAGCGACAGCUUCGCGGACUUCUGCUCGGCCGCCACGCAACAAGCUGGCGGCGAAACGUGGGCCCACUUUAAAGACCAGGGCGACCGCACGCAACAACUCCUCCGGGCGUCUUUUCCCGAGAUGGAGGUCCCAUCUGUGAGCGAGGAGGAUGAGGAGGAGGUGCCCAGCUUGGAGGCACUGCUUCAUCCUCGACAUCUCCUUGACUGCGAGGAGGGCACUGUUGAGCGGGCCCAGCCGGGCUUUUGGCUCCCCCACCAGGACGCGCACUUCGUUGCAGGCCUCAAGUUCCAGUGGGGCUCAUCCCGCGCUAACAGGACGCUGCUCAGGUGUCUCGGCGUGGCCUCCAGGAACGCCCAGCCCAACAGGGACUGUUAUCCAGAACACACAGUAACCACCUCCAGGGCCCAAACUCACACACGUGGGCCUCUCAAUCAACUCAAUGCAACGGCGCAGCCCAGGCCUUAGCAGUUCUCAGGUGAUCCUCGUCCUCUUAGUCAUCUCACUGUGUUCUCUCCCCUCAGGCAGAGGUUGGGAAAGUUGUUGCAGAAACGCUGAACAGUGUAAAAUGGUUGUUAUUUUUAGAUGUUAGAUGUUAUUUCUUGUAUCAUUCAUACAGUGUACAAUCUUUUCCGGGAUCUGGGAAUGAUUUUGUGAUUUAAUUUGAUAAUCAAAAGAAACCACUUGGCUGUGAUAGGACAAUGCAAACACAAAAUGGUGCACUCCAGCAACCUCAGAGUUAGAUGACUUUCUUUGUCGUCAACUUUAAUGGGUCCACACCCUCUAUUUGUUCAUUUAUCUCUUAGUUAUUUUCUAUUUCCUGUCCACUGAAGUAUUAAGCGUACGGGCAUGCCAAAUCCCUAGCUUCUCAGUGUUUCAUCAUGAAAAUUUUCCUAUCCUUGUAAAUAUUUUUUUUCCAUCAGGAUAAGUUGUGCCUUUAUACGCCACCAAUUGUAUCCCCCCCACCCACCCCUGAAAAAAACUGUUAUUUAUGAUUUUUUUUUUUGUUUAGUUUUUUUUGUGACCUGUUUUUACUUGACAAAUUAUUUUUGUUAAGUCUUCAGGUUUAUUGCUUCAAUCCAAAUGGCAUGCACUACAAUGCAAAACUGUAAAUACUGAAAUAAAUCAGAGGAUAUACUUGUGGCUUGUUUAAACUGUUUCUACAACAGUUCCGCAACUCCUUGUAUGUGCGGCACAUUUUUUUGUGCCUUUUUGACGCUUUAUACACAUCAUAUUUCUGGAUUAUAAACCUGCAAUAUUUGGCUACUGCGAUGGCAUGGACUCUUAAAACGCAGGCAACGUUAUCAAGACUGAAAACAAUGUAUGAAAAACAUCCACUAAUUGCGCAUUUUUUUGACCAUUUAGAGAUGCCGAGAGAUCUAUAUUUCAUGAUGACCGUCAGGCAGGGGAUUCUUAAACGGGGUUGACAGGCGUUGCUGGCAAAUGUGAAAAUUUGAAAAAUAAAACUUUGACCACAACUAC